AUGAAGAAAGCUGGUACAUUUUGGCAUUUCACAGACAUUCACUUGGAUUCCACAUAUUAUAUUGAUGAUCUGUUCGGUGUUUGGGGGAAUUAUCGUCGAGAUAGCAGUCUACUUGUGGCCGCCACAGCCAUCGGGAAUGCGACUGAUCUGGAUUGUAUUUUGCAACAACCGGACUUUGUAAUAUGGAGUGGAGACAAUUCACCGCAUAACAACACAUUGACCGCGGAUGAUGUACUGGAAAGUCUCAUGCGGCUAUCGAAUUGGUUCACUUUGUUCGCGGUCUCCAAAAACAUUUCCGUGCUUCCGGUGAUCGGAGAAUACGAUCUGUUCCCGGCGGCCGAAAUUUCUCCACUCAAGGGAAACUUGAGACGUGAGGAAUGGUGCCACCGUCUGGCCACGGAAUCGGACUAUUGGUCCCGAUGGAUUCAAGAAGCGGAAGAGUCUGUGAAACAUGAGCAUGGAUUGCCAAAAGCUUUGUUUAACGAAACAGGUUGUUAUCAUUCGAUGCUGUUGCCGGAAUCGAUCGGACCACAGAUUCUGCUGAUCGGAUUGAAUAGUAUAAUCUGGUAUGUGAAUAAUCCCAAACUGCAGCUUACCGAACAAGACCCAUUGGACCAGUUCCGUUGGCUCAUUGACAGUUUAACAUGGGCCCGGGAAAAUAACGCGAAGGCGAUCAUUGUUACUCAUCUACCCCCAGGAACAGCCGAAUUGCAUCCAACAAGUGGUCAGUAUAUGCAUCCGAAUUACAAUGAUCAGCUAGUAUCGAUACUCCGGGAAUUUUCCGAUGUCAUCAUCACCACAUUGGCAGGUCAUGAGCAUGUGGAUGGAUUCCGAGUGCUAUUGGAUGAGUCGUACAAACCGGUUGGAACAGUGUUCAACGGGCCAUCCGUCGAUCCCCUGGUCUUACCGGAACGAGGAGAUUUCAAUCCCCGCAUCCGAUUGUAUCACUACGAUCGGGAAACCGGUACGCUUUUGAACUAUCAACAACUUUGGUUGAAUUUGUCUACUUCCGGACCGAUAUGGCAGUUGGAGUACACGGCACGCGAUGAGUAUUCUCACCUGACCGAUCUCUCUCCGCAGUCUAUGGCCGAUCUAUUGGAUGAGUUUACCAAAUACAAUAAUCCGGACAAUCAAUGGUCUAAUUAUUGGGAACAUCAACUAGGAUAUCGCCCGCAUGUGAACAAAUCCACCUUGUUCCCCGGUGGCACUUGUCCCAAUGUGGCUUCCGUGUGUCGUUGUGAACAUGUGUGCGCAAUGCGCCAUUUGGAUGCGGAACGGUGGGAAAAAUGCAUAAGUGAUUAUUGUAUGGAUUCAACCAAUCCGCGAUUGCCCACAAUUCGGGAAUUGUCCGUGCGUCAGUUGAAUAUGACUCAACUGAUUGUCCUGGUCACCGUCGGUGCACUCUGUCUGAUCACGUUUAUCCUAAUCACAGUGGUCUGUAUCUAUCGGAAAAAACAACACGGCGCCGGUGGCCGGUCCUGCAGUGUGAAAAGGAAUCCACAUUCCCUGUCCUUCAUUCUCACCACGUGA